UCUGUCAAAGAUUAUAUAGUGUGCUCUUCUGUGUCACAAUUUGAGGUUAGAAUUUUGUAAAAGCUACAAUUGUUUAUUUAUUCCUUUUUGUUUGGUAUGCUGGAUGUUUUAACUCAUAAUAACAAGAAUAAAAUUUUGAAAAAAUCACUCUGGAUGAUAUGCGAAACAAAAAUAACAGAUAAGUUAUACUUAAUAAACACUUAUAAUGUACUUGAAAGCACUCGUUCUUAUAAUUUGUACAAACAAUUGCUAUGGCUUUUUGGACGUGCUAGUAGGUGUUGCAUCAUAUGGUUAUGACGCAAUGAAGUGUAGAAUGGUUGAUACCUGUUGCACGGAAAAAGAAAUACCUGCAAAUUUUAAGGCUCUUGAAGAAAAUCUGAAAAAGAAUGUUUUUGGACAACCAUUGGUUGAAAGCACAGUUAUCAAGGCUUUAAGAGCCCACUGGGAUAAAAAUUAUGAACCUGAAAAAGCAUUGACCAUAAGUUUCCAUGGAGGUCCGGGUAUUGGAAAAAAUUACGUUGUGAAAUUCAUAGAAGAAUCUCUAUAUAGGAAGGGUAUGGAGAGUCCACAUGUACAUAAUUUCAACGCACGGUUAGAUUUCCCAGAAAUUGAUAAAGUCAACUUAUAUAAGGCUAACCUACAGAAAUGGAUUAUAGGAAAUGUUUCCAAUUGUCCGAAGCAAAUGUUUGUAUUUGAUGAAGUUCAUCAAAUGCCUCCAGGGAUUUUAGAUGCAAUAAAACCAUUUAUUGAUCACAUUAGCUUUGUCAGUGGCACAAGCUUCAAGAGAUCCAUAUUCGUGUUUCUUUCGAACACUGGUUCUACUGCAAUAAAUGAACAUGCAUUGAACUUAUGGAAUAUGGGCGUAGAAAGGGAUUACUUGAAACUUAAUGUAUUCGAAAAGUUAAUAGCACAAGGUGCCUUCAAUGAAAAGGGUGGAUUCCAUUAUUCAGAAACUAUUAAGAGUAAUUUAAUUGAUCACUACAUUCCAUUUUUGCCAUUAAUGAAAUCACAUGUUGUAUUGUGCAUCAAAAACGAGUUCAGCAAAUUGGACAAAUUUUAUCCUUCUGAUCAGGAGAUCCAGGAAGUGUUGGACUUCAUAGAUUGGGGACCAGAUUCAAAGAAUGCAGUGUUCUCAAAAACUGGAUGCAAAAGGAUAAGUCAGAAAGUGAGACUGAUAGCCUUCUGAAGGGAUAAUAAUUACAAGAACAUAACCGACCACAUAUGAGAUUGCAAUCAGUUGGAAAUACCUCAUAAUGGAUGAUCAACUCUAAUGUGGAAUACUGUACAUUCCAUAUCAAAAAAAUUUACACAAUCAAGUCAGAUGUUUUAGAUCUGUCCAUUUAGGAUAUACAAUUUUGUAAUGAUUAUACUACCUAUUGGAUAUAAAGUCUACCUUUUUUUCGCUAACAAAUAUAAAAAUGCUGUUGAAAUAAUCACCGUUGACAUGUGUAUAUAUGUAUUGUGUUCUUAAAGCAACUCCAACAGAUUGAAAAA